CGAAACCCUCGUCCCCCUCACACUCCACACCCACAGAAAAAUUAAUAGUUUUAAGGAAGAAGAAAAGGAAGAAUUCUCCGGAGAAGAUCCUCUUCUGGUGAUUUUAGGAAUAUAUUUAUUGUGGUCGCAUGAUUUAUUAGUUACAUGCAAGAGAUGACAGUUAUUGGGAGAUUUUCCGGGAUGGCAGUUGAUGCUCAUAUAUUGCUUUCAAGAGUUUGGGCAGCAUUAAACUGAGUGGAAUUUUUUAAGGUUUAGAGCAUGGCUCAACAGUCCUCGCGGCUCCAUCGGUUGCUCACGUUGUUGGACACGGGUUCGACCCAAGCCACAAGGUUUUCUGCAGCAAGGCAGAUAGGGGAAAUUGCGAAAUCACAUCCUCAGGACCUGAAUGCUCUUUUAAGUAAGGUGUCACAGUAUCUACGUAGUAAAAAGUGGGACACAAGAGUAGCAGCUGCACAUGCUAUUGGGGCUAUUGCAGAUAAUAUCAAACAUACAACUUUGACUGAACUUUCCAGCUCUGUUGAGGCGAAGAUGUUAGAAGCUGGUAUAUGUGCCACCUUUGAUGAUGUAGUGCCUUGGCCCAACCACCAUUCGAAAUUUGGAACAGGGACUUCUUUCAGAAGUUUUGACCUAAACAAGGUGUUGGAGUUUGGGGCUCUGGUGGCGUCUGGCGGUCAGGAAUUUGAUAUUGCAAGUGACAACUGUAAGAAUCCCAAGGAACGAUUGGCUCGGCAGAAACAAAAUCUUAAGCGUCGAUUGGGUUUAGACAUGUGUGAGCAAUUCAUGGAUGUCAGUGAUGUGAUAAGAGAUGAAGACCUUAUUAUGCACAAGAUUAAUUACCCCGGGAAUGGAAUUGUGACUCAGUAUUUCUCCACACAUCCUUUACGCAAUAUCCAACAACUUGUGACAAGCAUGGUACCCACGUCUAGAUCUAGGAGGCCCAGUGCCAGGGAGCUGAAUCUCUUAAAACGAAAGGCAAAAAAUAAUUCAAAAGACCAACCUAAAGGGUGGCCGAAAGAUGGGGAUACAGAAGGAAUGCAAUCACAUGAUAUGGUGUCACCAAAGAGCAUUUCUAUGGACUCUUCAACCUCACAUAAGCAAGUUACAGAUUCCAUUUCUGAUGAUGAGAGUUUUGAGAAUGAUGGAGAUGGGGGUUGGCCUUUCCAAAGUUUUGUUGAUCAACUGCUCAUUGAUAUGUUUGACCCUGUUUGGGAAGUUCGCCAUGGCAGUAUCAUGGCUCUUAGGGAGAUAUUAACCUAUCAAGGAGCUAAUGCGGGAAUCCUUAUGCCUGAAGUCAGCUGCCCUGUUGCAUUGAUUUCUAACUUGAAAGAUAAAGAUAAUGAAUCUGCAGUGAAAAGAGAGAGGGAAAUCGAUUUGAAUAUACAAGUUUCACUGGAUGAGGCAGAGCCAGUUCCAAAGAGGCCAAAAUUUGAAGAUGCAUCAUUUCCAGUGAGUGACUCCAGAGACGGAGAUCUGGAAAUUAGUGCAAAAGCUGAUGGAGAUGGAGCACAAAUCCCUCCUAUGCAUGCAAAUGGAGGAAUCGAUGUUAGUUUGGUGAAGCUGGAAUCUGAAUCCAUUAUUGACAGUGGUUAUCAUUCUACUAAUGAUGCUACAUUUGCUAAGGAUUACUCUGAAGGCAAUGUAUCUUUGGAGAAGAUGAAUAUAUUGAAAACUCUUCCUGAAAACUCUGAACUCAUGAACUUCGUCAAAGAUGCGAGGAGUUCUUGGCUUCGAAAUUGUGAAUUUCUACAAGAUUGUGCAAUUCGCUUCUUGUGUGUCUUGACUCUGGACAGGUUUGGAGACUAUGUCUCUGAUCAGGUCGUUGCUCCAGUAAGGGAAACCUGUGCUCAAGCUUUGGGUGCUGUUCUCAAGUACAUGCAUCCGGCAUUAGUUCAAGAGACUUUGAACAUUUUGUUGCAAAUGCAGCGUAGACCAGAAUGGGAGAUUCGUCAUGGCAGUCUUUUGGGCAUCAAAUAUUUGGUUGCCGUCCGACAGGAGAUGCUCCAUGAUUUACUUGGUCCUGUUCUUCCUGCUUGUAAAACUGGGCUUGAAGAUCCCGAUGAUGAUGUGAGAGCAGUUGCGGCAGAGGCCCUGAUACCAACUUCAGCUGCUAUUGUUUCUCUCAAGGGUUCAAUCUUGCAUUCUAUUAUUAUGUUGCUUUGGGACAUUUUGCUUGACCUGGAUGAUUUGAGUCCCUCAACGAGCAGUGUAAUGAAUCUGUUAGCAGAAAUCUAUUCCCAGGAGCAGAUGAUUCCAAAGACUUUUGGUACCUUUGGCUCCACAGAGAAACCGGAGCUUGACCUUAAUGAAAUUGGUCAGUCGGAUGAUCUUGAAGAAGGAAUGAGUUCUCUGGAAAACCCCUAUAUGCUAUCAACACUGGCACCAAGAUUAUGGCCCUUUAUGAGACAUAGUAUCACAUCAGUCCGUUUAUCAGCAAUUCGCACCUUGGAACGUUUGCUUGAAGCUGGUUAUAGAAGGAGCAACACUGAUGAGUGCAGCUCAUUUUGGCCUUCUUUUAUAGUUGGUGACACCCUGAGGAUUGUUUUCCAGAACUUGUUGCUUGAAUCGAAUGAGGAGAUUCUGCAGUGCUCAGAGAGGGUUUGGAAUCUGUUACUCAAAUGCCAGGUGCAGGACUUAGAAAAUGCUGCAAAGUUAUAUUUCUCUUCGUGGAUUGAGCUUGCUACUACUCCAUAUGGCUCUCCAUUGGAUGCUACAAAAAUGUUUUGGCCUGUAGCUCUGCCUCGUAAAAGUCAUUUCAAAGCUGCAGCUAAAAUGAAAGCAGUUAAGCUGGAAAAUGAAAACUACAAGAAUAAGGCCUUAGAAUCUGUGGAAAGCAUGUUAGCUGAGCAAAAUGGAGAUGCUUCUGCAAAUUCCAUGAAGAUUGUUGUUGGUGCUGAUUUGGAUAUAUCAGUAACUUAUACAAGAGUAGUUACAGCAACAGCUCUUGGUGUGCUGGCCUCUAAGUUAAAUGGAUCACCGUUGCAGUAUGUUGUUGAGCCGUUGUGGAAGGGAUUGACUUCUUUGUCCGGAGUUCAGCGGCAGGUGGUUUCGAUGGUUCUUAUAUCUUGGUUUAAAGAAUUGAGGCAGUUUCCAAAGUCUGAUGAAGCUGUUGCUGGCAUUUCAAGUAAAUUUAGGCUGUGUUUGUUAGAUCUGUUAGCUUGCAGCAACCCUGCGGUUCCUACCAAAGAUUCACAUCUACCUUAUGCUGAACUCUCAAGAACAUAUAGUAAGAUGCGAAAUGAGGCCAACCAGUUGUAUAAUGCUACAGAGGCAUCUGGCAUGUACAAUGAUCUCUUGUCAUCUGUCAAAGUGGAUAUAGAAAAUUUGACAGUGGAUGAAGCUGUGAAUUUUGCAUCACACCUCGCAUUUAUGGGUAAUGGUAACUCUGGGCCAGAAUCUGAUGGAAGGAACUUAUUUGAGGAAUUAGAGUCUUUAAAACAAAAGCUUUUGACGACUGCUGGGUAUCUGAAAUGUGUUCAGAAUAAUCUGCAUCUUACUGUGUCAGCUUUAUUAGCAGCUGCAGUUGUUUGGAUGUCAGAGCUUCCAGCAAAACUCAACCCAAUUAUUUUGCCUCUAAUGUCCUCCAUUAAAAGAGAACAGGAGGAAAUACUACAAAAUAAGGCUGCUGAAGCUCUGGCAGAGCUCAUCCAUCACUGCAUUGAACGCAAACCAGGUCCCAAUGACAAGCUUAUCAAGAACCUUUGCAGUCUUGUAUGCAUGGAUCCUCGUGAAACACCCCAGGCUGGAGCCCUAAGUUCUGUUGAGAUAAUUGAGGAUCAAGAUCUUCUAUCCUUUGGAAGUAGCAGCAGUCGACAAAAAUCAAAAGUUAAUAUGUUCUCUGCUGGUGAAGACCGAUCAAAGGUUGAAGGUUUCAUUAGCAGACGUGGGUCUGAACUUGCACUGAAAUACUUAUGCAUGAAGUUUGGUGGUUCUUUGUUUGACAGACUUCCUAAGAUCUGGCAUUGCCUUGUUGAGGUUCUUAAGCCUUGUAAUCUUGAAGGUCUAACCCCAGAAGAUGAGAAGCUGAUUGAUCAAUCUAUUGAUUCGAUUACCGAUCCUCAAAUUUUGAUAAACAAUAUUCAAGUGGUACGUUCAAUUGCUCCUUUUCUGGAGGCUACACUGAGGCCGAAACUGCUCACUCUUCUGCCAUGUAUUUUCGGAUGUGUUAGACAUUCUCAUAUUGCUGUAAGAUUAUCGGCAUCAAGAUGUAUCACGGCAAUGGCCAAGUCAAUGACUUUGGAUGUUAUGGGAGCUCUUAUUGAGAAUGUUGUACCUAUGUUAGGUGAUAUGACAUCUGUACAUGCCAGACAAGGAGCAGGCAUGCUUGUUAGCCUGCUUGUACAGGGAUUGGGUUUGGAACUUGUCCCAUAUGCUCCUUUGUUGGUAGUUCCUCUUUUGAGGUGCAUGAGUGACUGUGAUCAUUCUGUCAGACAGAGUGUCACACAUAGUUUUGCUGCUCUGGUGCCUCUUCUUCCACUAGCACGAGGUAUCCCUCCACCUGUUGGCCUGACUGACCGUUUGUCUAGAAAUAAAGAAGAUGCACAAUUUUUGGAGCAACUAGUUGACAAUUCUCACAUUGAUGAUUACAAACUCGCCUUUGAACUCAAGGUGACUCUGAGGAGGUAUCAACAGGAAGGUAUAAACUGGCUAGCAUUUUUAAAGCGGUUUAACCUUCAUGGCAUCUUAUGUGAUGAUAUGGGCCUUGGUAAGACCCUUCAAGCGUCAUCAAUUGUGGCAUCUGAUAUAGCAGAGCACAUUGCUGCAAAUAAAGGCGAAGACUUGCCACCUUCCUUAAUUAUAUGUCCGUCAACCCUUGUUGGACACUGGGUCUACGAGAUAGAGAAGUUCAUCGAUCCUUCUCUUUUAACAACGGUUCAAUACAUUGGUUCUGCUCAAGAGCGCUCUUCUUUGAGAUCACAGUUUAACAAGCACAAUGCAAUCGUUACAUCGUACGAUGUUGUCCGUAAAGAUAUUGAUUAUCUCAAACAGCUUUUUUGGAAUUACUGUAUCCUAGAUGAAGGACAUAUCAUAAAAAACUCAAAGUCCAAAGUCACGAGUGCUGUGAAGCAACUUAAAGCCAAGCACCGCCUCAUAUUGAGUGGAACACCAAUCCAGAACAAUGUGUUGGAUCUGUGGUCUCUUUUUGACUUCCUUAUGCCAGGCUUUCUUGGAACAGAAAGACAGUUUCAAGCCACUUACGGCAAACCUUUGUUAGCAGCUAGGGAUCCUAAAUGUUCAGCAAAAGAUGCUGAAGCAGGGGUACUAGCCAUGGAAGCAUUGCACAAGCAGGUCAUGCCUUUCCUUCUACGACGUACAAAAGAUGAAGUUUUGUCUGAUCUACCUGAGAAGAUUAUUCAGGAUAGAUAUUGUGACUUGAGUCCUGUACAGCUGAAAUUGUAUGAACAGUUUUCGGGUUCACACGUAAAGCAAGAGAUCUCAACUAUGGUCAAGUUAAAUGACGAUGCAGGAGGGCCUCCCAAAGCAUCUUCGCAUGUUUUCCAGGCACUUCAAUACUUGUUGAAACUUUGUAGUCAUCCAUUACUUGUUGUUGGUGAAAAAAUUCCGGACUCACUCUUACCUAUGCUGUCAGAAGUUGUUCCUGCAAAUUCCGAUAUCGCUUCAGAGCUUCAUAAAAUACAUCAUUCGCCUAAACUUGUUGCUCUUCAGGAGAUAAUGGAAGAGUGUGGAAUAGGUGUGGAUGCAUCUAGUUCUGAAGGCACUAUUACUGUCGGACAGCACAGAGUUCUGAUAUUUGCACAACAUAAAGCCCUCCUGGACAUUAUUGAAAAAGACUUGUUUCAAGCUCAUAUGAAAAAUGUUACAUAUUUGCGGUUGGAUGGCUCAGUUGAACCUGAAAAGCGCUUUGAAAUUGUUAAAGCUUUCAACUCAGACCCUACAAUUGAUGCUCUGCUGCUCACAACACAUGUUGGUGGGCUUGGUUUAAACUUGACAUCCGCUGAUACCCUUGUUUUUAUGGAGCAUGACUGGAAUCCCAUGAGAGAUCAUCAGGCCAUGGACAGAGCGCACAGGUUAGGUCAGCGCAAAGUUGUUAAUGUACAUCGUCUUAUCAUGCGAGGCACCUUGGAGGAGAAAGUUAUGAGUCUCCAGAAGUUCAAAGUUUCAAUAGCUAAUGCCAUCAUAAACGCAGACAAUGCAAGCAUGAAUACAAUGAACACAGAUCAGUUACUGGAUCUGUUUACUUCCGCAGACGGCAAAAAGGGUGGAAGAAUGUCAAAAUCUUCGACGCAAUCAGACAUGGAUACAAAAUUACCGGUCAAGGGAAAGGGACUAAAGGCCAUUCUUGGUGGACUGGAAGAGCUCUGGGACCAUUCACAGUAUACCGAAGAGUACGAUCUAAACCAAUUUUUGGCGAAGCUAAACGGCUGAAUCAAUCACAAGAUUACAUGAUCUCUCGAGAUUUUGGGAGUAGAGGAUGCGUCGAGCAUGCAGGCACAGUGUAUAUUCUUCAAGUCGCAGCUCAUUGAAUUAUCAAAAAAGAAAGGGGGAAAAAAAAAAAAAAAGCUCAUUGACAAUUUUGACAGUUAGCUCUAGUUAUCUUUUCCCUUCAUUUUCCUUCUCAAUUUCCUAAUUUUAGCAGUUCCAUUGGCGCAUUUUAGUGCUUGCGGGAAGCCAUGUGGUAGUUUAGUUCUUGGCAAUGCAAGCCAAUGCAAAUAUAGCUGAGGGAGGUUACAAUCAACAAUCUGUAAAUUUUGGAUACUGUAUAUACAUUCAGAUAUUCUUGAUUUACAGUCAAUAUUCCCAAUA